AUGACAACAAUGGAUCACAGCGUGCAGGACGAAUUAGUUGAUUAUGAAGAUGAUGAAAACAUAUUAGAUGCGAAGGAUGUUAAAGGGAAUUUAGAAAACAGUCUUUUAAAUAAUAACAAUAAAGGAGUAAACGAAAAUGGAGCCAUGAGAGGUAGUUAUGCCACUGUUCAUACAGGAGGAUUUAAGGAUUUUUUUUUAAAACCAGAAUUACUCAGAGCCAUAAGUGAGAGUGGCUUUGAGCAUCCCUCCGAGGUACAGCAAGAAACCAUUCCCGCAGCUAUUACAGGUACGGAUAUCUUGUGUCAAGCAAAAAGUGGAAUGGGAAAGACGGCUGUGUUCGUCUUGUCCAUCCUACAACAACUAGAAACGAACGAUAGUAAAGAUAUAAAAGAGGAAAAGGAUAUAAACAAUAACAACAGUAGCAACAACAUCGGAGGAGAUUUAAAUAGUAACAGUACCGUGUCAAAAAAUAAAUAUGUCAGAUGUUUGGGACUAGCACACACACGUGAAUUAGCAUAUCAAAUAAAGAACGAAUUCGACAGGUUUAGUAAAUAUUUAAAAGGCGUAAGGUGUGAAGUUGUAUAUGGUGGUAUAUCUAUGAGUAAACAUAUAAAGAUGUUUAAAGAGGAAAAUAUUCCUCAUAUAAUUAUAGGAACACCAGGACGUAUACUAGCAUUAAUAAGAGAGAAAUAUUUGUUGACAGAUAAAAUUCAACAUUUUGUUUUAGAUGAAUGUGACAAAUGUUUAGAAAAAUUAGAUAUGAGAAGUGAUGUACAGAAAAUUUUUAUUUCUACUCCUUUAAAAAAACAAGUAAUGUUUUUUUCAGCUACUAUGGCUAAAGAAAUGAGAGAUGUUUGCAAAAAAUUUUUACAAAAUCCUGUGGAAAUUUUUAUUGAUGAUGAAGCUAAGCUGAAGUUACAUGGUUUAUUACAACAUUAUGUGAAAUUACAAGAAAAAGACAAAACAAGAAAAUUAAUCGAAAUUUUAGAUGCAUUAGAAUUUAAUCAAGUUAUCAUUUUUGUAAAAUCUGUUACUAGGGCAAUUACGUUAGAUAAAUUAUUAACUGAAUGUAAUUUUCCUUCCAUAGCUAUACAUGGUGGUCUUGACCAACAGGAGAGAAUUGAAAGAUAUGAUAAAUUUAAAAAAUUUGAAAACAGAAUUUUAGUUUCAACCGAUUUAUUUGGUAGAGGUAUUGAUAUUGAGAGAGUAAACAUUGUCAUUAAUUAUGACAUGCCAGAAAAUUCGGAUUCUUACCUUCACAGAGUUGGCAGAGCUGGAAGAUUUGGAACUAAAGGUCUUGCCGUUACUUUCGUUUCCUCACAGGAGGAUACCUUAGCAUUGAACGAAGUCCAGACCAGAUUUGAGGUAGCCAUUUCGGAAAUGCCCAACAAAAUUGAUUGCAAUGAAUAUAUUAAUCAGUAG